ACGAAUAAUACGAAUAAUAAUAAUAAUUAUAAUAUUACUUUACAAGGUUUAUUAGAAGAUAAUAACGAUGUAUACGUUAUUAGUAAUGAUAAUAAGUAUUAUUAUAGAUUUUUUGAUACUGAAAAUUCUAAUAAUAGUUAUAUUUUAAGUAAAUAUGAAACUCCUUAUUUAAUUAGUGAUUUACGAAAGAGAGAAGAAAAAUUAAUUCAUGUGGAUACAUUAUUUGGAAGUACUAGAAUAGAUUAUAGAAAUAAAAAUGUUAUUAAAUGGAGAAUUGAUAUGCUUAGAAGUCUUAAACUUUCUCAUCCCACUUUAUUAGAUGUAUCUAAUAAUAUAAUUAAUGAAUUGGGUGGUUUCGGAAAUUUUUUGGGUGCUCAUGUUAGAACUGCUGAUGGAAGAUUUAAACAUAAUUUGGAAAAUAUCAUUGAUCAAGUUAUUGAAAAGUUGAAAAAAUAUCAAAAGAUUUCAAAUCAAACGAUAAAUUCGAAUAAUAUUAAAAAUCUAUCUCUUAAUGAUUGUAAAUUAUUGAACAAAAAAAUUAUAUUUAUAGCGACAGAUUCUUCAAAUCCUCAUGUUACAUUAUCAAAAAUCUUUUCAACAUUUUCUUGUGUUUUCACAAUCAAUGAUUUUGAUGAUUUUGUUAAUCCUUUAAUGAAAAUAUCUUAUACUUUUGAUAAAAAUACAAAAAUGUCGAAAUUUUUUUAUCCUUUACUUGAUUUAUUAAUAAUAUCUAAUGGUAUGGAUGUUGUUGUAACUUAUUCAAGUACUUUUUCUGGUUUCGCUAAAUAUUAUCAUGAUGUUUUAGUUUUUGAAAGAGAAUCUCUUAAAAAAAAGAUUAAUAAUAAUAAUAUUACGGAAACUUAGAAUAUUUCUUUUUGGGGUGGUGGGGCCGUGGGGGUUAGAAAAGUGUUAGUAAUUUAUUUAAUAAUUUAUGUAUAAUAUUGUAAAUUGUUUCAUUGUCCGGAGCGUAACGAAGG